AUGGCUUCUCCUUCGGACCGUCGACCCCUCGUCAUCUCUGGACCUAGCGGUGUCGGAAAGGGCACGCUGAUCAAGAUGCUCUUCGGCCGCCACCCAGAUACCUUUACUCUUUCUGUGUCGCAUACUACUCGUAACCCUCGCGAGGGUGAGACCGAUGGCGUUGAGUACCACUUUGUCACCAAGGAUGCGUUUCGGGAUUUGAUCGCCAAGGACGGCUUCGUCGAGCAUGCUCAAUUCGGAAGCAACCUCUACGGAACGAGCAAGGCGACCAUCGAGGAGCAGACAGCCAAGGGCAAGGUUGUUGUUCUGGACAUCGAGAUGGAGGGCGUCAAGCAAGUCAAGGCCUCUUCCAUCGACGCACGCUACGUAUUCGUCUCGCCCCCUGAUACUGAAGAGCUCGAGAAGCGACUGCGCGGCCGCGGCACGGAGACCGAGGAGAGCAUCCAGCAGCGCUUGACACGUGCGCAGGAUGAGCUUGCGUGGGCCAAGAAUGCCGAGUUUGACAAGAUUCUCGUCAACGAUGAUUUGGAGAAGACGUACCAGGAGCUCGAUGCUUUUGUCUACAGUGAGAAGACCAACUAG